GAGAGGAGAGAGCACAUUGUUUGUUCUAGAAAAGAGAGAUCCCUCUAUAAAUACGUAGCCCAGAAACUGUGGAACAAACACAUCUCUUAGCUCUCUCUUUCUCUUUAAAGUCUGAACAUGGAUUUGUUGAGAGGUUGGUUGAGUGGAUGGGAGAAUACCGAGAUGAACCUUGUGAGAGGUUGUGCUCCUCCCCUGCUGAGCUCAGUAAUCUUGUUGGUUGCUUUUCUAGUGUACUUCUAUCUACCUUACUGGAGGGUGAGAGCCGUUCCAGGACCUCCCGCCACAUUUCUCGUCGGACACCUCCCCGCGCUCGCCAAGUACGGUCCAGAUAUUCUGCGCGUCUUCGCUAAGGAGUACGGCCCAAUAUUUAGGUUCCACAUGGGGAGGCAACCGUUGGUAAUCGUGGCGGAUGCGGAGCUGUGCAAGGAGGUGGGUAUCAAGAAGUUCAAGGAUAUCAAGAACAGGAGCAGCCCCCCUCCCACCGUUGGAUCUCCUCUCCACCAAGAUGCGCUCUUUCUAACAAGGUACUCUUUACAAAAUACUUCAAAUAAAUUAUUAAAUAUAUAUUUUUUAAAAAAUUCUAAUGCUGCUUGUGCACCUACUACUUUGUAUGUAUGUUACAUCCCAGUUGAUAAAUCCGUUUUAGGUUUAUAAUGCGAAAAAAAAUAA